AUGGAUGUCUGGUUCAUCAUCCUCAUCUCUCUUUCUCUCUGUUUUUGCAUCAAAUUUCUCUUACAUCUCCUCUCCAAUUCCACCAAAACAAAUCAAUCCAAAACAGGAAAACUCCCACCAGGACCCUCACCUCUUCCUUUCAUAGGAAACCUUCAUUUGCUUCCCAAAACCACGGUCGACCUCAGAUCUUUUCUCCGUAGCCUCUCCCUCAAGUAUGGCCCAGUCACUACUCUCCAUAUCGGCUCUGAACCCGUCGUUUUCAUCACCUCCUACUCCGCUGCCCAUGAAGCCCUUGUCCGAAACAGUGCCGCCUUCGCCAGUCGUCCAUCGAUCGUUCCUCUCAGCUCCGUUCUCAGUAACAAACGCAAGGAUAUUGGUGGAUCUCCCUACGGCCAGACUUGGCGUGUUCUUCGUCGUAAUCUCAACUCUGAAGUUCUCCACCCUGCAAGAGUGAAAUCUUACUCUUUGGAACGCAAGCGGAUCUUGGGAACAUUGGUUAACAGCUUCAACCAGUGUUUCUUGCAUGGCGAUCAGCCUGUUCGUGUGUUAACUCAUAUCCACCACGCGGUUUUUUCCUUGUUCAUUCGCAUGGCUUUCGGCGAUGUCAACGAUAGCACGAUUAGAGAAGUUGAACGCAUUCAAGCUGAACUUAUUUUCAACUACGAGCAGUUCACUGUGUUCUGUAGCUGGCCAAGGUUGGGGAAGUUGCUGUUCAGAGAUCGUUGGAAGAGGUACUUGAAUAUCUUGAAGAGUCAGGCUGAAAUAAUCUUGCCUCUAAUCAGAGCUCGAAAGAAGUUAAAGCAAGAGGAAAGCAAACAAUCCGAGUUGGUAUCAUACACAGAUACCUUACUGGAUAUGCAAAUGAAUGAUGAUCAUCAUCAAGAAUUUGGCAAGCUAGAGGAAGCCGAUAUACUGAGUUUGUGCUCAGAGUUCAUGAAUGCCGGGGCUGACACAAGCCUAACGACACUGCAGUGGAUCAUGGCAAAUAUAGUGAAGCACCCACAUGUUCAAGCCAAGCUUUUUGCUGAAAUCAAGGCGGUGGUGGGAGAAGGGGCCGAAGAGAUUAAGGAGGAAGAUGUGCAGAAGAUGACAUAUUUGAAAGCAGUGAUUCUCGAGACUCUAAGAAUUCACCCUCCAAGUACCUUCUUGGUACCGCAUGCAGUCUUAGAAGAUGCAGAAAUUCUUGGCUACAGAAUCCCAAAAGAUACUACGGUGAACUUUGCGAUAUCACUGAUUGGGCGGGAUCCAAAGGAGUGGGAUAAUCCAAUGGAGUUCAGGCCGGAGAGGUUGCUGAAUCGUGGAGAAAAUGGAGAACUAGAUAAAGUGUCGGAUGUUACAGCAUACAAGAUGAUGCCAUUUGGUUCAGGGAGGAGGAUCUGUCCGGGGAUGAGAUUAGCCAUACUUAAUCUAGAGUAUUUUGUUUCAAAUUUGGUGUGGAAUUUUGAGUGGAAAGCAGGGGACGGAGAAGGUGUUGACCUUUCAGAUAAGGAGGAGUUCUUGAUGGUGAUGAAGAAUCCUCUGCGGGCCCACAUAUCUCCAAGGAUCAAAUGA